CCGCGGGACGGCUCGCGCAAGCGUACAAGCCGCAGAACCCUGUGUCAUCUCCCCUAUACCGGGCUUCCGCCACCUUCUCUCCGACCCUGACCGCUGCCGCGGGUGGCCCCUUCCCCCUGCCCCAGUGGGCGGGCGGCAGGGUCUUACCAGUUCCAGGACAGUGUGUUACCACCCUGCUUCAUCAUUACACUUGUAAUUACUAUGCCUGCAUCUGUGCAGCUCUUCAACGUUUAAAAGGUGCCUGUGCAUUGGUGCUAUUUAAUCCUCACUAUCCUAAUGUACAAAAGAGGAAACCAAGACUAAAAGAUUAAAUGAUUUUCAGAGGUCUCUUUACUUGGUAGUAAAGGCAGCAUGGAGAAUGCAGGAGAUGGUGACCAGAGCGGGACUGGAGAGGCUUCUCCUGCCCGGGCCAGAGCUGAGAGUGCUGCUCAGCAGGUGCCUCGGGAAGAGCAGGGGCAGCUUCUUUACCAGGAGGAAACCAUUGACCUUGGUGGGGAUGACUUUGGGUCUGAAGAGAAUGAGACCAUAUCAGAAGACUCUCAUAAUUUCAUGGAUAAGCUUAAUGAGCACAUGAUGGAGAGCGUCCUCAUUUCUGACUCUCCUAAUAAUAGCGAAGAUGAUGUGGGUGACCUUGGUUGUUUGCAGGAUGUCGUGGAGCCCAUAGAAGGUAAUAACGCUGAUCACAGCCUGGAAAAUAUUCAGGAUAAAGAAGAAAUGGACACUCUGAGUAACAACAGUGAAACUGAUGGGGAUGAUACACCUAAAGAUGUCUCCGACAUGACCCCUGAUAGCAGAGCAUCUUUGAAAGAAGACUCAACACGAGAAGUGAAAGCUGGUCCCAUGUUUGAGAAUGAAGACACCGAGGACUUGGUGCCCAGGAACGAGAAUACUCACCCGGAAGAGCAGGUGUCAGAAGUGUCUUCCAGUCAGUCCUCUUCUAAAGACCAGCCCAUCCCUGUGUGCACCAUUUUCAGCAAGUCCAGCUCAGCUGCUUCCCAGCCUCCCUUGUUCUUGCACAACGGCUUCGAGUCUCAGAUGGUGAAAUCGCCCAGUUUCAGCAGCGCUAGUGAGACCGCAGCCAAGACGCCUCCACAGGUCGUCCAGCCCAGUCCCAGCCUGAGCAAAUUCUUCGGAGAUACAAUCAACACUAAUUCCUUGGCCUCUGACUUCUUUGAUUCCUUCACUACUUCCACUUUCAUUUCUGUCAGUAAUCCCAACGCAGGCUCUUCAGUUCCAGAGAAAUUGUCUUCACUUGCUGCUCCAGUGGGAGAAACUUCCCCCGAUUCUGCCGACCCUUCUUACUCUGCAGGAAUUGAAAGAUCAGAAUCCGGUGUUUCUACAGCUUCUCUAGAAAUUCCUGAGUCUCCAAAACCAUUUUCACAAAUACAGGCCGUAUUUGCAGGAAGCGAUGACCCCUUUGCCACUGCCCUGAGCAUGAGCGAGAUGGACCGAAGGAAUGAUGCGUGGCUUCCCAGCGAGGGGACCAGGGAUGUCCUCAUCUCAGUAGCCACCCAGCAGUAUGGCACCGUGUUCAUAGACAAGGAGAACCUCACCAUGCCAGGCCUCAAGUUUGACAACAUUCAGGGAGAUGCAGUUAGAGAUUUGAUGCUUCGCUUCCUGGGUGAAAAAGCUGCAGCAAAGAGACAGGUCUUAAAUGCCAACUCAGUGGAACAGUCUUUUGUUGGAUUGAAACAGCUCAUCAACUGCAAAAACUGGAGGGCAGCAGUUGACCUGUGUGGACGCCUUCUCACCGCCCACGGCCAAGGCUACGGCAAGAGUGGACUGCCUACCAGCCAUACGACUGACUCACUGCAGCUUUGGUUUGUGAGACUGGCACUACUGGUGAAGCUGGGACUUUUCCAGAAUGCUGACAUGGAGUUUGAGCCCUUUGGAAAUCUAGAUCAGCCCGAUCUUUAUUAUGAAUACUACCCUCACGUGUAUCCUGGGCGCAGAGGCUCCAUGGUUCCCUUUUCAAUGCGCAUCUUGCAUGCAGAGCUUCAGCAGUAUCUGGGGAAUCCGCAGGAGUCACUGGACAGACUGCACAAGGUGAAGACCGUCUGCAGCCAGAUCCUGGCCAAUCUGGAGCAAGGCCUAGCUGAAGAUGGGGGCUUGGGCAGCAUCAGCCCUGAGAACAGGCAGGCCUCUGUGCAGCUGUGGAGGUCACGUCUGGGCCGGGUGAUGUACUCCACGGCCAACUGUCUGCUCCUGAUGAAGGACUACGUGCUUGCUGUGGAUGCGUACCACUCCGUUACCAAGUGCUACCCGGAGCAGGAGCCUCAGCUGCUGAGCGGCAUCGGCCGCCUCUUCCUGCAGAUUGGAGACAUAAAGACAGCUGAAAAGUAUUUUCAAGACGUUGAAAAAGUAACACAGAAAUUGAAGGGACAACAGGGUAAAAUAAUGGUUUUAAUGAACAGAGCGUUCCUACACCUCGGUCAGAAUAACUUUGCAGAAGCCCACAAGUUCUUCACUGAGAUUUUAAGGAUGGAGCCAACAAAUGCAGUGGCCAACAACAAUGCUGCGGUGUGCCUGCUUUACCUGGGCAGACUCAAGGACUCCCUGCGGCAGCUGGAGGCUAUGGUCCAGCAGGACCCCAGGCAGUACCUGCAUGAGAGUGUACUCUUCAACCUGACCACCAUGUACGAGCUGGAGUCCUCGCGCAGCAUGCAGAAGAAGCAGUGCCUGCUCGAGGCCGUCGCCAGCAAGGAGGGGGACAGCUUUAACACACAGUGCCUCAAGCUGGCUUAGUGUCCUCCGUGCCACUGCAGUCCGAGAACUCUGCUCCUUGGGAACUGUGUACAUGGAUCUAACAUAUUAAUGCAGCUCUGGCGAAUUCAAUAAAAGCCGUUUCACUGGU